GUCAUUAGGGAAAAUACGUGAAAUCUAUAAAAUAUGCUUCUCUCUGAGCCUGUCUUAUUUCACAUAUUGGGAUCUUCUCUGGUUAGAUCCACAAUCACAAACUAAAAAAGACAACCUCCUUCUCCUUAAACAAUUGGUGGUGUUUUUGCUAAAGUGAUAAUGGGUGGUCCGGUUCUUGUGGAAGGCGUAAGUGUGGAAUGCAGCAUAUUCCCGCAGUUCGUUUUCAUGACAGAAUUAAAAGGGUAUGAACACCAUUUUACCGAUCUUGCCCAUUAAAAGCUAACGCUUCUCCAAGACUUUGCCAUUCCGACGGCGACUCCAGGCAGGCACCACGCACACGAAAUCAGGCGUCGGCCGGGCAGCGCCCGCAGCUGCGGGUCCGAGCUGACGAUGCUGCGGGCGCCGGAUCUUUGUGCGCUCCGCUCCCGGCUCCCGCGUGCCCGCACCUAAAGGAGUAAGCAGGUCAUGGCACGCUUAACAAAAAGACGGCAGGCGGAUACAAAAGCUAUCCAGCAUCUUUGGGCAGCCAUUGAGAUUAUAAGAAAUCAGAAGCAAAUUGCCAACAUUGACCGUAUUACAAAGUAUAUGUCUCGAGUCCACGGUAUGCAUCCAAAAGAGACCACCCGGCAGCUGAGCUUAGCUGUGAAAGAUGGUCUUAUUGUGGAGACGCUGACAGUGGGCUGCAAAGGUUCAAAAGCUGGUAUCGAACAGGAAGGAUAUUGGUUGCCAGGAGAUGAGAUUAGCAUCAAGAAGAAAAACACAAACAAGCAGGAGAUGAGCACAUACCUGAGGUUCAUCGUCUCCCGCAUGAAGGAGCGGGCAAUCGACCUUAAUAAGAAGGGGAAGGACAACAAGCACCCCAUGUACCGGCGGCUGGUGCACUCGGCAGUGGACGUCCCUGCCAUACAGGAGAAAGUGAAUGAAGGGAAAUACCGAAGUUACGAGGAGUUCAAGGCCGAUGCUCAGUUGCUGCUCCACAACACAGUGAUUUUCUAUGGAGCAGACAGCGAGCAGGCUGACAUAGCAAGGAUGCUCUACAAAGACACAUGUCACGAGCUGGAUGAACUACAGCUUUGCAAGAAUUGCUUCUAUUUGUCAAAUGCUCGUCCUGACAAUUGGUUCUGCUAUCCCUGCAUACCUAAUCAUGAACUGGUUUGGGCUAAAAUGAAAGGUUUUGGGUUCUGGCCAGCCAAAGUCAUGCAGAAAGAGGACAAUCAGGUUGACGUCCGCUUCUUCGGUCACCACCACCAAAGGGCCUGGAUUCCUUCUGAAAACAUACAGGACAUCACAGUCAACGUUCACCGGCUGCAUGUUAAGCGCAGUAUGGGUUGGAAAAAGGCUUGUGAUGAGCUGGAACUGCAUCAGCGUUUCCUCCGUGAAGGGAGGUUUUGGAAGUCUAAGAACGAGGACCGAGGGGAGGAGGAGGCAGAAUCCAGUAUCUCCUCCACCAGUAAUGAGCAGCUAAAGGUCACUCAAGAACCGAGAGCAAAGAAAGGCCGACGCAAUCAAAGUGUGGAGCCCAAAAAAGAAGAACCAGAGCCUGAAACUGAAGCAGUAAGUUCCAGCCAGGAGAUCCCCACGAUGCCUCAGCCAAUCGAAAAAGUUUCCGUAUCAACUCAGACCAAGAAGUUAAGUGCCUCUUCUCCAAGAAUGCUGCACCGAAGCACCCAGACCACCAGUGACGGAGUGUGUCAGAGCCUGUGCCACGACAAGUACACCAAAAUCUUCAAUGACUUUAAAGACCGGAUGAAGUCUGACCACAAGCGAGAAACGGAAAGGGUUGUACGAGAAGCUCUAGAAAAGCUGCGUUCUGAAAUGGAAGAAGAAAAAAGACAAGCUGUAAAUAAAGCUGUAGCCAAUAUGCAGGGUGAGAUGGACAGAAAGUGUAAGCAAGUGAAGGAGAAAUGUAAAGAAGAGUUUGUAGAAGAAAUCAAGAAGUUAGCAACACAGCACAAACAGCUAAUUUCUCAGACCAAGAAGAAGCAGUGGUGCUACAACUGUGAGGAGGAGGCCAUGUACCACUGCUGCUGGAACACAUCCUACUGCUCAAUCAAGUGUCAGCAGGAGCACUGGCACGCAGAACACAAGCGCACCUGUCGCCGGAAAAGAUGAAGGCUAGUUCCUCCUGGUGAAUCACUGACGAUUAUUCUUCUCAGACACAGCGGUUUUUGUUUCCAAGAAGCCAAAAUUGUUUAGAAUUUGCUUCCCAUUUUGCACCAGCCUUUAAACACUUUUCGUGAAGAAAUUUUGCACAGUAGUUUAAAUCUUUUGUUAAUGCUCCUCUGGAGUUUUUCAGGGGGUAAAAGUAACAUCAGUGGAGGGUAUUAUUUUAAAUAAAUUUUAAUUGAGAGUUUGUUGCAUUUUCAGCAAAUUUUAAAACAUUUUUAGGUUUUACAGAGAUUUUAACCUUUAAACAACAGAUCUUUAAAAAAACAACAGGUGAAUACAAGUGAGUUUAACAAAGAAACAUUUAAAAUAGAUCUGAAUGUAAGAACUGCAGAACUGCUUCAGAACUGAAACAUACUACCUUGAUGUGACGUUUAUCUCUUAACCUUGUUGAGCUGGUUUUGUUCAGCUUAAUUUACUGUUUAAAGGCAUUAUCUAUUGGUUAUGCCAGUGGGUAUAUGAUUGAAUUUAGGGAACAGGGUUGACACAGCAGGUGCUAGUCCUGCAUAUUUUUUCUUAAAUAUUUCCCAAUUGUGUUUUUCAUUAUUUCUUUUCAAUAUAUAACUUUUAUAACAAAUUAUUAGCUUUGAUCUUGUAGUUUAAAAUUGCAGGGAACUGGGGUAAUCUUUUACUGAGCUGGAUCUUAGAGAAAAUGAAUAUUUAAAUUUUAAAGUUUGCACAUUUCAUCUUUGUCCUAACAUGAGUGCUUGUAACAAAAUAAACAACAAAAAUAAAAUAAAAAAGCCAAAAACUACCUUUAUCCAUACAUGAAAUUAUAGAUGAGGCCUACAAAUUUCUUUAAGGCAUCCCUUCCCUCCCCAGAUAUCAUCUGAUGGCCUGUUAUCUGGUGUCACCUCUUAUAUUGUAAGUUAAUACUGAAAGGAAAGAAAGCACUUAAGUUUCACAGAAGCCGUUAUGUUUGUAGUAAUGGAUCAUUGCCUACUAAUGAACUCCAUCACUGUACACAGAAUGAAGAAUAAUGCAUGUUAAUUUUCUUGUAUUAAAAAUGCCGUGAUUUGUAAAAAGUCUGUAUUUUGCGGAAUGUCUGGAUUAAGAAGCAUUACCAAUAGGAAUGGAUCGAUAGUUGAAUAAUGAUUUUUUUUAUACAUAGAUAUAUAAAAUACAGCCAGGAAAACUUAAAUUACUUUUUUUAAAAAAAAACUCACAAUUUAUGUUUUUUCAAAUACUGAUCUUAGACCAAGUCAAAUUCCCAUUUAUCAUUUAGUUAUUUUUUAAGGUUAGAGAAAUAAUUUGUAAAUAUUUAUUUAGACCUUUGAUAUUUAUUAAAGCAAUUACACACAAUGGAAGUGAAAGAAUCAGGGGAAAAACCUUUUAAAAAGUUUUCUCCAGGUUUGUCAGGGUCACUCUAAAGAUGAAAAUGUAACUAAGUCUUCUGUGAAAUCGUCCUCCAGUUCUGAGGCUGUUGCAGGUGGUGGUGACACGAGUUAAUCGACAAGCUGCUGCCCAGUGGUGCCCAAAGGCUUGUAGGACCUGCCUGGUAGCCCCCUUUCAAACACCAUCCCUGAACUGUGCAGGGAGCUGGCAUUCUCGUCCCUCCUUGCUGCCAUGCGAUUAGUCGGUGUUGCCACAGUGCUGUGGUCGGAUCAAGACGUUGUAACCAGGAACACUUACUUUCUCUGAUUGUUUUUCAAGUUUUAAAACUUCGAUCCACCCCUAUGAGAACAAGUUAUUGUGGAACUAUUUUUGGUGUAAAAUCAUUCCAGAGUGUGUACUAUUUACCAAUAGCUGCAUGAAAGUAAGAUUCGUGUUACUUUGGCUUUUUGUCUCCGUUGACACGGUUGCACAUUUCCAAGUUACUACAGCGUGAAAACUGUGUGUUAAAAAAAAAAAAAAAACAAAUUAAAAAAAGAUUGUGGCCUGGUUUUGUAAAAGUUUUAGGUAAAAUUACAAUUGAUUGUUUUAGGAACUAUUAUUAAAUUUUUCUGCAAAUCAUAAAACUAUAUCAAGGUGUUGAGCUUAGCCACUCUGCACAUUGUAAUUAUUCAUUGUGGCUGUCCAGUUCUAUGAUGCAUUCUGGCAUUUUGUAAGCUGCUCUGACUAGCAAUAUAUAGAUUCAUUUAAUGUGUUAACAUUGGUUAAUAAAUGUAUUUAAAAAAAA